AUGACAACAAGCAGCAUGAGCUUCUAUAAAUUACCAUAUGAUUUUGCCAUUUUAUGCAGCAAAAUAAUCAAAGUUGAAUGUGAACUGUGGCAGAAAGCUCAUGCAACUUUCUAUGGUGGAGCCGAUGCCUCAGGAACAAUGGGUGGUGCAUGUGGCUAUGGGAAUUUGUACACAGACGGUUAUGGUACGAAGACGACGGCUCUGAGUACCGUUCUGUUUAAUGACGGGAAGGCAUGCGGCGGUUGCUAUCAGAUAGUUUGUGAUGCAAGCCAAGUGCCGCAAUGGUGCCUUAAGGGCACUUUCAUCACAGUUACUGCCACAAACUUUUGUCCUCCAAACUAUGCACUCCCUAAUGACAAUGGCGGUUGGUGUAAUCCUCCAAGACCACACUUCGACAUGUCUCAACCUUCCUUUCUAACCAUCGCCAAAUACAAGGCCGGCAUCGUACCCAUACUGUACAGAAAAGUUGGGUGCAGAAGGAGUGGAGGAAUAAGAUUUAGCAUCAAUGGAAGGGAUUAUUUCGAAUUAGUGACGAUAAGCAAUGUAGGUGGAGUUGGGGAGAUAGGGCAAGUGUGGGUAAAAGGGUCAAAGAAGAAUGUUUGGGAAGCAAUGAGCAGGAACUGGGGUGUUAACUGGCAAAGUUUAAGCUAUCUCAAUGGACAGAGCUUGUCCUUCACAGUUCAACUCACCGAUGGAAGAACCCUCACUGCUUAUAACGUAGCACCCUCCAAUUGGAAAUUUGGCCAAUCUUUCAUCUCUAAUAUUCAGUUCAACUAA